CCCGACGCCAUGAACCGCGUCAAGGAGGUGGAGCGCAUCAACCGGCGCGAGGUCGAGACGCAGCUCGCGAGCAACACGCGCGGCGACGCCGGCAGCUGGGACGUCUCCAAGUCGUGGCACGCGACGUACUCGGACUCGGCGUACGUCUACGUCGGCGGGCUGCCGUACGAGCUCUCCGAGGGCGACGUGGCGACGGUGAUGGCGCAGUGGGGCGACAUCGUCGACGUCAACAUGCCCCGCGACAAGGGGACCGGCAAGCCCAAGGGCUUCGCCUUCAUCUGCUACGAGGACCAGCGCUCGACGGUGCUUGCGGUUGACAACUUCAACGGCGCCAAGCUGCUCGGCCGCACGGUGCGGUGCGACCACUGCCGCGACUUCCGCGAGGAGCAGGCCAAGGACCCGGACGCGAUCCCCGACCACGUCGCGCGCAAGCUGAGCGAAAAGGAGCUGGAGCAGCGGAAGCGCGAGAUCGUGGAGCGGAACGCGGAGCUCAAGGCGCACGCGGCGGAGAAGGAGCAGCGCUUCGCGGAGGCGCGCGGCACGGCGACGACCGCGGGGGAGCGUGAGGAGGCGGCCGUCCGCGCCUCGCUGCUCGGGGACAAGGAGCGCGCCGCCAACGCCAAGCGGCGAUCGCACAUCGAGGAGGUGCUGUCCCGGCGUAAGGCGGGCGCGCAGGCGGAGCUGGCGCUCGAGGCGCGCGCGCGCGCGCACGCACGCACGCACGCGCACGCCGCGCGCGCGCGCGCACGCACGCACGCGCACGCACACGCACGCACGCACGCACGCACGCGCACGCACGCACACGCGCAACCGCGCUCCACCUCCCCCUCAGGCGCGGAAGAAGGCGGAGUGGGAGGAGCGCAAGCGGCAGCGCGACGCGGACGAGGCUGCGGGACGCAGGGACCGCGACGCAGACAAACGCUCGGGCCGCGAGCACUUUGCGCCGCCGCCGCCGCCGCCACCGCGCAGGGGGGGCGGCGCGGACGCGGUGGAGGGCGGCGGCGGCGGCAGCGCGGCAGCCUUCGACAGGAUGAUGAGCGGUGGCGGCGGCGAGCGCAAGAAGAAGCGCAAGAAGGAGCGCGGCGCGGGGCUCUUCAAGCAGGCGCCGCAGGCUGAGGCGCCGGCCGAGCCGGCGGGUGGAGGCGCGGCGCCGGCGGAGCGGAAGCGGAUGGGCGAGGAGAGCAUGUCGGUGGACGAGACAAACGCGAUGCGGGAGCAGCUCGGCCUCAAGCCGCUGAGGAGCUGAACGCCGCAGGGGCGCCGGUGCGGAACCUUGGACCAAAAACGGUUGUCGAUUUUCUCUACUCCGUAUGAGUAGGUGUGCUUUCUUACAAAACUGCCCAUUGGUGGGGUCGCAGUCGCUGUCUGUGUCGCUCUUUUCGCGACAGCGACGAUGACGUGACUCGAAGGACCGCGGAACCCGGGGAGCGCCGCGGGGUCGGCGCUCGUCGUUGUGUGCGAGCGUAUGUAUAGAGCCGUAUGGGACACGAUGUCUCUCAAAUAUGAAGGGUUUUGACUCCU